UGACAGCCACGACUUCACAAAUAUGAUGGAGAGCGGCUCGGCAACCACCUCAGCCAGCUCCUUCAGGACCCUGGGAUAAAAAGCCAUACUUAAGGGGAAAAGCCCCAGAUUUAAUGAGAAAACCAGGAUUUUCUUGCAGAAAAAGCCAUAUUUAAGGGUAAAAACACCAGAUUUAAGGGGAAAAACAGGGAUUUCUGGCAGAAAAAGCCAUUUUAUGGGGAAAAACUCCAGAUUUAAUGGGAAUAAUAGGGAUUUCUUUGAGAAAACCCCAGAUUUAAUGGGAAAACAGGGCUUUCUAGGAGGAAAAGCCAUAUUUUAGGGUAAAAACUCCAGAUUUAAGGGGAAAAAACCCAGGUUGAAAGGGAAUAACAGGGAUUUCUAGGAGAAAAAGCCACAUUUAAGGGGAAAUACCCCAGAUUUAAUGGGAAAACCAGGGAUUUCUGGCAGAAAAAGCCAUAUUUAAUGUGAAAAACCCCAGAAUUAAGGGGAAGAACAGGGAUUUCUGUGAGAAAAUCCCAGAUUUAAUGGAAAAACAGGGAUUUCUUGGAGAAAAAAAACAUAUUUCAGGAGAAAAACCCAAGAUUAUUGGGAAUAAACAGGGAUUUCUGGCAGAAAAAAGCCAAUUUUAAGGGGAAAAACCCCUGAUUUAAUGGGAGAAACAGGGAUUUCUAGCAGAAAAUGCCAUAUGUAAGUGGAAAACCCCAUAUUUAAGGAGGAAAAGAGGGAUUUUUCGGGAGAAAAAAGCAUAUUUAAUGGGAAAAGCCCCCGGUGUAAUGGGAAAAACAGGGAUUUCUGUGAGCAAACCCCAGAUUUAAGGGGAAAAAGCCCAGAUUGAAUGGAAAACCAGGGAUUUCUGGCAGAAGAAGCCAUGUUUAAGGGCGAAAAGUGCAGAUUUAUGGGGCAAAACAAGGAUUUCUGUGAGAAAAGCCCAGAUGUAAUGGAAAAACAGGGAUUUUUGGGAGAAAAAGCCAUAUUUAAGGGGAAAAGCCCCCGAUUUAAUGGGAAUAACAGGGAUUUCUUUGAGAUAACCCCAGAUUUAAUGGGAAAUCAGGGCUUUCUAGGGGAACAAGCCAUAUAUAAUGGGAAAAACCCCAAAUUUAAAAGGAAAAACAGGGAUUUCUGGCACAAAAAGCCACAUGUAAGGGUAAAAACCCCAGAUUAAAGAUGAAAAACAGGGAUUUCUGUGAGAAAAAGCCAUAUUUUAGGGGAAAAACCCCAGAUUUAAUGGGAAAAAUAGGAAUUUCUGUGAGAAAAGCCCAGAUGUAAUGGAAAAACAGGGAUUUCUAGGAGGAAAAGCCAUAUUUUAGGGUAAAAACCCCAGAUUUAAUAGAAAAAAAGAGGGAUUUCUGUGAGAAAACCCCUGUUUUAUGGGGAAAAACAGGGAUUUCUAGGUGGAAAAGCCAUAUUGAAGGGUAAAAACCCCAGAUUGCAAGGGAAAACCAGGGAUUUCUAGGAGAAAAAGCCACAUUUAAGGGGAAAUACCCCAGAUAUUGUUGGAAAAAGAGAGAUUUCUAGCAGAAAAAGCCGUAUUUAAGGGGAAAAAAACCCAGAUUUAAAGGGGAAACCAGGGAUUUCUGGCAGAAAAUGCCAUAUUUAAGGGGAAAAACUCCAGAUUUAAGGGGAAUAACAGGGAUUUCUAGCAGAAAAAGCCAUAUAUAAGUGGAAAAACCCCAUAUUUCAGGGGAAAAGAGGGAUUUUUUGGGAGAAAAAAGCAUAUUUAAGGGGAAAAGCCGCCGGUGUAAUGGGAAAAACAGGGAUUUCUGUGAGCAAACCCCAGAUUUAAGGGGAAAAGCCCAGAUUUAAUGGAAAACCAGGGAUUUCUGGCAGAAGAAGCCAUAUUUAAGGGUAUUUAAGGGUAAACCAGGGAUUUCUGUGAGAAAAGCCCAGAUUUAAGGGGAAAAACAGAGAUUUCUAGGGGAAAAAGCCACAUUUAAGGGGAAAUACCCCAGAUUUAAGGGGAAAAACAGAGAUUUCUGGGAGAAAAGCCCAGAUUAAAGGGUAAAAACAGGGAUUUCUAGCAGAAAAGCCCAUAUUUUAGGGUAAAAACCCCAGAUUUAAUGGGAAAACCAGGGAUUUCUGUGAGAAAAGCCCAGAUUUAAUGGAAAAACAGGGAUUUCUGGCAGAAAACGCCAUGUUUACACAGCAUCACACAGAAUCACAGAAUGACCCGGGUUGGAAGGGACCCCAAGGAUCAUGUAGUUCCAACCCCCCUGCCUAGCAGGGCCACCAAACAUCCACAUUCAGAUCAGGUUGCCCAGGACCCCGUCCAACCUGGCCUUGAACACGUCCAAGGACGGGGCAUCCACAACCUCCCUGGGCAGCCCGUUCCAGGGCCCAACCACUCUCCUAGUAAAGAACUUCCCCCUAACAUCCAACCUAAAUCUUCCCUCCUUCAACUUAAAACCAUUUCCCCUAGUCCUGCUGUUGUCAGCCCUUGUGAAGAGUUGACUCCCCUCCUGGGUGUAGGUUCCCUUCAGAUAUUGAUAGGCUGCCAUGAGGUCACCCCGCAGCCUUCUCUUCUCCAGGCUGAACAAGCCCAACUCCCUCAGCCUGUCCUCAUAGGGGAGCUGCUCCAGCCCCCUGAUCAUCUUAGUCGCCCUCCUCUGGACCCUUUCCACAAUCUCAAUGUCUUUCUUGUACUGAGGGCUCCACACCUGGACACAGGACUCCAGAUGGGGCCUCACAAGAGCCGAGUAGAGAGGGACAAUCACCUCCCUGUCCCUGCUGGCCACCCCUCUCCUGAUGGAGCCCAGGAUCCCAUUUGCCUUUCGAGCUGCCAGAGCGCACUGCUGGCUCAUGUUCAGUCUCUCGUCCAUCAGGACCCCCAGGUCCUUCUCUGCCGAGCUGCUCUCAAGGACCGCUCCUCCCAGCCUGUACAGGUGCCUGGGGUUCUUCCGGCCCAAAUGCAAAACCCUGCACUUUGCCGUGUUGAACCUCAUCAGGUUCACCUGAGCCCAGCCCUCCAGCCUGUCGAGGUCCCUCUGAAUGGCAUCCCUUCCUUCCACCGUAUCAACCGCACCACUCAGCUUGGUGUCGUCAGCAAACUUGCUGAGGGUGCACUCAAUUCCCUCAUCGAUGUCAUUAAUAAAGAUGUUAAAGAGCACCGGUCCCAAGACAGACCCUUGGGGGACACCGCUUGUUACCGGCCUCCACCUGGACAUAGAGCCAUUGACCACCACCCUCUGUCUGCGGCCUUUCAACCAAUUGCUUAUCCAUCGGGUCGUCCACCCAUCAAAUCCACUUCCCUCCAAUUUGGAGAUGAGGAUGUGGUGGGGGACCAUGUCAAAGGCCUUGCUCAGGUCCAGCUAAAUGACAUCGGUCGCCUUCCCUUCGUCCACCAAUGCCGUCACUCCAUCAUAGAAGGCCACAAGAUGAGUUAGGCAUGACCUUCCUUUGGUGAAGCCGUGCUGGCUGUCUCGGAUCACAUGCUCGUUCUUUAUGUGACCGAGCAUGUUGUCCAGGAGGAUCUGUUCCAUGAUCUUCCCAGGCACGGAGGUGAGACUCACCGGCCUGUAGUUCCCCGGGUCCUCCCUGCUCCCCUUCUUGUAUAUGGGAGUGACGUGACCCUUCCUCCAGUCGUCCGGGACCUCACCUGACAGCCACGACUUCUCAAAUAUGAUGGAGAGCGGCUCGGCAACCACCUCAGCCAGCUCCUUCAGGACCCUGGGAUAAAAAGCCAUACUUAAGGGGAAAAGCCCCAGAUUUAAUGAGAAAACCAGGAUUUUCUUGCAGAAAAAGCCAUAUUUAAGGGUAAAAACACCAGAUUUAAGGGGAAAAACAGGGAUUUCUGGCAGAAAAAGCCAUUUUAUGGGGAAAAACUCCAGAUUUAAUGGGAAUAAUAGGGAUUUCUUUGAGAAAACCCCAGAUUUAAUGGGAAAACAGGGCUUUCUAGGAGGAAAAGCCAUAUUUUAGGGUAAAAACUCCAGAUUUAAGGGGAAAAAACCCAGGUUGAAAGGGAAUAACAGGGAUUUCUAGGAGAAAAAGCCACAUUUAAGGGGAAAUACCCCAGAUUUAAUGGGAAAAACAGGGAUUUCUGGCAGAAAAAGCCAUAUUUUAGGGGAAAAACAGGGAUUUCUAGGGGAAAAAGCCGUAUUUAAUGUGAAAAACCCCAGAAUUAAGGGGAAGAACAGGGAUUUCUGUGAGAAAAGCCCAGAUUUAAUGGAAAAACAGGGAUUUCUUGGAGAAAAAACCAUAUUUCAGGAGAAAAACCCAAGAUUAUUGGGAAUAAACAGGGAUUUCUGGCAGAAAAAAAGCCAAUUUUAAGGGGAAAAACCCCUGAUUUAAUGGGAGAAACAGGGAUUUCGGUGAGAAAAAGCCACAUUUAAGGGGAAAUACCCCAGAUAUUGUUGGAAAAAGAGAGAUUUCUAGCAGAAAAAGCCGUAUGUAAGGGGAAAAAAAAAGAGAUUUCUAGGGGAAACCAGGGAUUUCUGUCUGAAAAAGCCAUAUUUAAGGGGAAAAACCCCAGAUUUAAAAGGGAGAAAUAGGGAUUUCUGUGAGAAAAAGCACAGAUGUAGUGGAAAAACAGGGAUUUCUAGGAGUAAAAGCCAUAUUGAAGGGUAAAAUCCCCAGAUUUAAUAGGAAAAGCAGGGAUUUCUUGGAGAAAAUUCCUGUUUUAUGGGGAAAAACAGACAUUUCUAGGUGGAAAAGCCAUAUUGAAGGGUAAAACCCCCAGAUUGCAAGGGAAAACCAGGGAUUUCUAGGAGAAAAAGCCACAUUUAAGGGGAAAUACCCCAGAUAUUGUUGGAAAAAGAGAGAUUUCUAGCAGAAAAAGCCGUAUUUAAGGGGAAAAAAACCCAGAUUUAAAUGGGAAACCAGGGAUUUCUGGCAGAGAAAUGGGACAGAGAGUUUUGGGAGAAAACCCCUGAUUUAAUGAAAAGAACAGGGAUUUCUGUGAGAAAACACCAGAAUUAAGGGGAAAAACCCCUCAUUUAAAAGGAAAAACAGUGAUUUCUGGAAGAAAAAGCCAUAUUUAAGGGCAAAAACCCCAGAUUGAAUUGUAAAACCAGGAUUUUCUGGCAGAACAAGCCAUAUUUAAGGGUAAAAAAAGGGAUUUCUGGCUGAAAAAGCCAUAUUUAAGGGGAAAAACCCCAGAUUCAAUGGCAAUAACAGGGAUUUCUGUGAGAAAUCCCCAGAUUUAAGGGGAAAAACAGAGAUUUCUAGGAGAAAACCCCUGAAUUAGGGGGAAACGCAAGGAUUUCUAGCAGAAAAAGCCACAUUUAAGGGGAAAUACCCCAGAUAGAAUGGGAGAAACAGGAAUUUCUGUGAGAAAAGCGUUUCCAGCGUUUCCAUGCUGCUCUUGCCCAGUGGUGGCCUUUCAGCCAAAGGCCAGAGUGGGGGGAGGGAGAGGGAGAUUGUAAGACUGCCAUCAGUCAGGAGCCCGGCACGUUUCUGCCUGCUUGGCUCAUGCUGUUGUGUGGGUCCCCGCGAAGCAUCGGUGAGCCAGGGUGGCCCCGUGUGUGUGCCAGCAUUGUGCGCGGAUGUGGAAUGGAGCGAGAGUGAUUGUAAUGAAAAUGCAGCUGGCGGUAUUUCUGGUAGGGAAUGGUUGAAUCCGCAGCCGUGAGGCGCAAGAGGAGGCGCUGGAUGCUAAGGUGGAAAGCGGAGCUUGUGUGUGCCAGGAGGCAGGCGUGGUGAGGUGCGCUUUGGAGCCUGCUGCUGUUGGCGCUGGGCUCGGGAGGCCCCUGAACAUGGCGCUGUGUGCUGCGUGUGCCAGCCCCAAGAGAUUCCCGUGUGGAAGAAGGGAGAGGAUGAAGGAGGCCGAGGGCCCUUUUCUCGGGGCCGGCUCCUCUGUGGCCUCUUGCUUGCCGGAGAGAAGGGCUGCCCGCUGGGCACAGGGAGCGCCUUCUAGCUGCCGUCCCGUGCCCUGUCCUGCAGCCCCCUCCUCAUGCUAUGUGGAACGCCAUUGGCAGCAGUGCGGCUGCCAUUUUAGAACCUUCGCCGCAUCACAGCCGUCACCUUGGUCACCGCUGCCCCGGCCAACGCACUCGCCUCUGUGAGCUCUGGCAGCCAUGUCAGGAGCAAAGAGAGCGAGGGGCGAAGCUUGCCCUAUUUCCCAUCGGAAGGGAGAGCUGGGGGCCCCAGUAGCGAAGAGGAGGAGGGGGGCCGCCUUGACCAUCAAGCGGAGGAGGAAGGAGAAGAGAGUCCGUUUCCAUCGCGCCUGGACCAGCGCUGUGACCACCUCCGUGGAGCCCAUGGAGGUGGAUCCACCUCCGGAUGAGCCCAUGGAGGUGGAUCCACCUCCGGAUGAGCCCAUGGAGGUGGAUCCGCCUGCGGCACAGCUGGCCUGGCACCACACCACCGUGCCAGGCCCCGCAUGGGCGCCGUCACAGCUCCACCGCCAUCGCUGGUCCAGGCGCUCGGCUCCUUACCCGCUGCGCGGCCCCCGCCCCCAGCAUUAGCUGGGUGGCAUGAGUUACCAUCUGCUCCUCCUCUGGAGCCAAUUCUGCGGGCCCCCAGCUCCAUCUUCACCCUGUUAAGUCCCCGUCCCUGGUUUACUUGUUGAUUUUAGUGUUAAGUUUAGUGUUAGUGUUAGGAUUAGGUUAUUGUUCACGUUUUAGUGUUAGGAGUAGGUUCUUGUUCAUGUUUGAGAGUUAGGAGUAGGUUCUUGUUCAUGUUUUAGAGUUAGGCAUAGGUUCCUGUUCUUCUGUUAGAGUUAGGCAUAGGUUCCUUGUAGUCUUUUAGUGUUAGGCAUAGGUUCCUGUUCAUACUUGACAGUUAGGGGUCGAUUGCUCCUGUUGGGUGGCAGUGAGCAGCGCUCACUCGGUAAGCACACGCCUGAUUGAUGAUGCGAAGACAUGAGUGCGAGUGCCGUGAGCACGGAGGCCCGAUGGCAUCUUGGAUGGAUUGAAUUUGCAGCUUGUGACUUUUGUGUUGCAGACCGUCGAGGAGCAGAGUGUGAGUGGCUGCGCCGUUGCGUUGGGCCUCAGGAGAACAGUGUGUGACUGUGUCUCGAGCAUCGUGCGUGGCCGUUGGCAGAAAGCAGCCUCCUGGAGAGCAGCAGAGCAGCAGGCUGUCUGCGCUAUGGCCGCUGAAGUGCGUUUCUCGCCCCCUGAGGUCCCUGAGCCCACGCUGAUGGAGAACGUGCUGCGCUCCGGCCUCUUGUUUGGAGCCGUUUUGCAGCUUGUGUGCGUGUGGGCCAUAACCCUGCCAGUUCCCAAGUGCCCAGAGACAACUGUCGAGGAGCAGAGUGUGAGUGGCUGCGCCGUUGCGUUGGGCCUCAGGAGAACAGUGUGUGACUGUGUCUCGAGCAUCGUGCGUGGCCGUUGGCAGACCGUCGAGGAGCAGAGUGUGAGUGGCUGCGCCGUUGCGUUGGGCCUCAGGAGAACAGUGUGUGACUGUGUCUCGAGCAUCGUGCGUGGCCGUUGGCAGAAAGCAGCCUCCUGGAGAGCAGCAGAGCAGCAGGCUGUGUGCGCUAUGGCCGCUGAAGUGCGUUUCUCGCCCCCUGAGGUCCCUGAGCCCACGCUGAUGGAGAACGUGCUGCGCUCCGGCCUCUUGUUUGGAGCCGUUUUCCAGCUGGUGUGCGUGUGGGCCAUAACCCUGCCAGUUCCCAAGUGCCCAGAGACAAGCGUCGAGGAGCAGAGUGUGAGUGGCUGCGCCGUUGCGUUGGGCCUCAGGAGAACAGUGUGUGACUGUGUCUCGAGCAGCGUGCGUGGCCGUUGGCAGAAAGCAGCCUCCUGGAGAGCAGCAGAGCAGCAGGCUGUGUGCGCUAUGGCCGCUGAAGUGCGUUUCUCGCCCCCUGAGGUCCCUGAGCCCACGCUGAUGGAGAACGUGCUGCGCUCCGGCCUCUUGUUUGGAGCCGUUUUCCAGCUGGUGUGCGUGUGGGCCAUAACCCUGCCAGUUCCCAAGUGCCCAGAGACAACUGUCGAGGAGCAGAGUGUGAGUGGCUGCGCCGUUGCGUUGGGCCUCAGGAGAACAGUGUGUGACUGUGUCUCGAGCAUCGUGCGUGGCCGUUGGCAGACCGUCGAGGAGCAGAGUGUGAGUGGCUGCGCCGUUGCGUUGGGCCUCAGGAGAACAGUGUGUGACUGUGUCUCGAGCAUCGUGCGUGGCCGUUGGCAGACCGUCGAGGAGCAGAGUGUGAGUGGCUGCGCCGUUGCGUUGGGCCUCAGGAGAACAGUGUGUGACUGUGUCUCGAGCAUCGUGCGUGGCCGUUGGCAGAAAGCAGCCUCCUGGAGAGCAGCAGAGCAGCAGGCUGUGUGCGCUAUGGCCGCUGAAGUGCGUUUCUCGCCCCCUGAGGUCCCUGAGCCCACGCUGAUGGAGAACGUGCUGCGCUCCGGCCUCUUGUUUGGAGCCGUUUUCCAGCUGGUGUGCGUGUGGGCCAUAACCCUGCCAGUUCCCAAGUGCCCAGAGACAAGCGUCGAGGAGCAGAGUGUGAGUGGCUGCGCCGUUGCGUUGGGCCUCAGGAGAACAGUGUGUGACUGUGUCUCGAGCAGCGUGCGUGGCCGUUGGCAGACCGUCGAGGAGCAGAGUGUGAGUGGCUGCGCCGUUGCGUUGGGCCUCAGGAGAACAGUGUGUGACUGUGUCUCGAGCAUCGUGCGUGGCCGUUGGCAGAAAGCAGCCUCCUGGAGAGCAGCAGAGCAGCAGGCUGUGUGCGCUAUGGCCGCUGAAGUGCGUUUCUCGCCCCCUGAGGUCCCUGAGCCCACGCUGAUGGAGAACGUGCUGCGCUCCGGCCUCUUGUUUGGAGCCGUUUUCCAGCUGGUGUGCGUGUGGGCCAUAACCCUGCCAGUUGCCAAGUGCCCAGAGACAACCGUCGAGGAGCAGAGUGUGAGUGGCUGCGCCGUUGCGUUGGGCCUCAGGAGAACAGUGUGUGAGUGUGUCUCGAGCAUCGUGCGUGGCCGUUGGCAGAAAGCAGCCUCCUGGAGAGCAGCAGAGCAGCAGGCUGUGUGCGCUAUGGCCGCUGAAGUGCGUUUCUCGCCCCCUGAGGUCCCUGAGCCCACGCUGAUGGAGAACGUGCUGCGCUCCGGCCUCUUGUUUGGAGCCGUUUUCCAGCUGGUGUGCGUGUGGGCCAUAACCCUGCCAGUUGCCAAGUGCCCAGAGACAACCGUCGAGGAGCAGAGUGUGAGUGGCUGCGCCGUUGCGUUGGGCCUCAGGAGAACAGUGUGUGAGUGUGUCUCGAGCAUCGUGCGUGGCCGUUGCCAGAAAGCAGCCUCCUGGAGAGCAGCAGAGCAGCAGGCUGUCUGCGCUAUGGCCGCUGAAGUGCGUUUCUCGCCCCCUGAGGUCCCUGAGCCCACGCUGAUGGAGAACGUGCUGCGCUCCGGCCUCUUGUUUGGAGCCGUUUUCCAGCUGGUGUGCGUGUGGGCCAUAACCCUGCCAGUUGCCAAGUGCCCAGAGACAACCGUCGAGGAGCAGAGUGUGAGUGGCUGCGCCGUUGCGUUGGGCCUCAGGAGAACAGUGUGUGAGUGUGUCUCGAGCAUCGUGCGUGGCCGUUGCCAGACCGUCGAGGAGCAGAGUGUGAGUGGCUGCGCCGUUGCGUUGGGCCUCAGGAGAACAGUGUGUGAGUGUGUCUCGAGCAUCGUGCGUGGCCGUUGCCAGAAAGCAGCCUCCUGGAGAGCAGCAGAGCAGCAGGCUGUCUGCGCUAUGGCCGCUGAAGUGCGUUUCUCGCCCCCUGAGGUCCCUGAGCCCACGCUGAUGGAGAACGUGCUGCGCUCCGGCCUCUUCUUUGGAGCCGUUUUCCAGCUUGUGUGCGUGUGGGCCAUAACCCUGCCAGUUCCCAAGUGCCCAGAGACAAACAUCGAGGCAUGUGAGUGGCUGAGAAAUGGAGUUGGGGCUCAGGGGAGCAAUGGAGCAAUGGGUGCCUGUGUCACAACCUUCCUGAGCGGCCCUUGCAAGGACUGGCACAGUCUUGGGACUCGGUCUGGCGAGACAGUGAAGAAAGCCAAGGCAAGAGCUGCUCUGCUGAGGAAGAAAGCCCAGAAGGAGAGCAAAAAGAACCGAGCAGGGCUUGAGCGAGAAGGCCCACAGGACACUCGAGUCAGCUGGAAUGCUUCCUCGGAGGUGGCACCAAAGGCAGCGGACUGAGUCAGCGUCCGGUUUUGUGGCAUGGCCGUGCUUUCCCUGUCACGGACAGGGCAGCGGAACUGAGGCACCUGGAAGGGAAGGGCUUGUGCUGCAUUCCAAGGGCUUGCCAGAG